AUGCUCCUGCAGGCCUUGAACAGCUAUGGUACCUUGGGCAAUGAUGGUCCCCGUGUCACUAUGAAGCGGAAGGCUCUCCAAAUUUCGUACCCAAAGUACAAGCAGACACCAGAGACCCAUUUUGCGUGGUUGGCAGAUGCCGCGAGAGAGAUGCUCAAUCCUAGCAAUCUCCGACGACUGGUAGAUUUUGUUCACUCUGAGUAG